AUGGAACGUAGUCGCGGUGGCGCAGCUCCCAGCAGCGAAUUGUUCGCAUUCAACCAACUCCGCGCGCGGAAGAAAGAACUCAAAUUUGCGCGCUCUCCUAUUCAUGACUGGGGUCUGUAUGCGCUCGAAUACAUCCCAGCUGGAGAUAUGGUCAUUGAGUAUGUGGGUGAAGUUGUUCGGCAGCAAGUCGCCGAUAAGCGCGAGAAGGUGUACGAGAGGCAGGGGAUUGGGAGCAGUUACUUGUUCAGGAUUGACGACGACCUUGUUGUUGAUGCCACCAUGAAAGGCAAUAUUGGUCGUCUGAUCAACCACUCCUGCAGCCCCAACUGCACUGCGCGCAUUAUCACUAUCAACAGUUCCAAGAAGAUCGUCAUCUACGCCAAGACUCCUAUUGAGCCUGGAGAGGAAAUUACUUACGACUAUCACUUCCCCAUUGAGCAGGAGAAGAUUCCCUGCUUGUGUGGGUCCGAGAAGUGCCGUGGAUUCCUCAACUAG